CCGACGACGACGACGACGUCUCAGGCACACGCUCGCCGCCGGUACCCCACGAUUCAAACCGGUUCCCAUGGAUCAAAAUCAGCGCUCACGGCCAAUCUCGAGUGUAUUUAUUUUUCUCCCGUAGCGUGUGCAGUGGUGAUGGUUCUCGAGGCAAAAGUGUUUUUUUGCAAAGUGAAAAAGCAGAGAAACAGUCGCGGCGAUGAUUGCGCCAAAUGCAAUCUAUGAGAGAGUUUACUUGGCGCUAAAUCGAUUGCAUAUCGAUACUGCCGCUUCGAGCACACUCUACAAAGUCAAUACGAGAGUGACCGACUCGAUGCGCUCUCGAAGCUCAUGUACACGGGCCACGCAUAAAUAAUGAAAUAACGUCAAGCGGUUGAUGUAUCCAGACCAACGUACAGAAAAUUUGCUUAAAAAAUGCUGCGCUCGGCGUGGGGAUAAGUGAUCAUGUUGACGCGCACGAAUUGAAUCGGCGGCCAAACCUAUAGAGAUAUUUAUGUACGGAGGUGCGGGGUGAUUCAAUUAAACUGUGUGAACUGGCGGUCAAGAGGGGGAUGGAGGAUGCGCCGCAGGAACUUUUUUGUGGAUAACCGCGACAGUGAUCUCCUUGUAACAGCGGAGAAAAUCGGACAGGUUCAGCGAGCAUCGCGACGUGUCAUGUACUUUCAGCGAUCCAAGUUCCAGGAACAAGCAGAAUAUUCAAAAAAUUAUAAGUUUGCAGGGUGAAUUGGUUCUACAUUUUUUCUUGGAAUGGCUAACUUGAUUGAAAAAACUUUCCAUUCAAUCUCUUGUUCAAACAUCUUAGCAAGAUCAAACGAGUUUGCUCUCAUUUGGGUUGCAGGAUUCUUAAUUGAAUAAACUAAAGAACGCAAAACCAAACUGAACCGUUCAGAAACAUAUUCUAUAUUACUCUCAUUACGAGAAAAUAGAUAGGAGCAGAAAAAUAUCGAUGAGUUUCUUGAUUUAAUGCCAUCACUACAGCUGGAAGCGAUCUCGAUUUCGAUGACCUUAACCAUAGUGCAGGUUCGAGAGUGGGGCUAGAGCUUUCCUAUCAUAGGAAAGGGACGAACUGUUUUGGGCUAAGGGUGAGGUAGCCAUGAGUCAACCGGCGUGUGGCUGCUUUAUAUUUUUACUGUUAUUGCAACUUUCGAUAUCAAAAUCUCAAACAGAUUUGUCAAUUAAUGCCUCGACAGAAAAGGUUACAGCACCGACAGUCUCGAUGAAGUCUGAAAAUCUAACCAUAACGAAGAAAGCAUCCAUGACGACCAUCAAACGUCAAAAUAGCGGUACAGAUUCGCCGAUGCUGAAUUACAUAUUUGACUCACAUAGUCACAGCAAGCAUCAGCAUUAUCAUGAUCAUCGUUGGGGCCCUCAUUUUGAAGGCAAGAGCACAAAUAUAACAGCUCAAGCCGGAGCCAAUGUCACGCUCGACUGCAGGAUAUCACUGCUUCAAGAUAAAACAGUAUCUUGGGUGAGACAUCAAAACAGUGACGAAAAAAUGAACUUACUAACUGUUGGUCAGCAAACUUAUACUGGUGAUUCAAGGUAUACAGUAGAAUUUCAGUAUCCAGACAAUUGGAGACUGCGAAUCAAGAGUGUCAAUAGCAGCGACGAAGGCCAAUACGAAUGUCAGAUUAGUACUCAUCCGCCCAAAUUUAUUCGUGUUAAUUUGCACAUAAAUGCACCUUCGGUGAGCAUAAUAGACGCCAUGGGAGAGUUACUGAGAGACAAAUAUUACGAAGCUGACAGUACCAUAGAGCUACUGUGCGUCGUGCGUCACAUAGCCAUGCAAAUGCAGUACAGUGUUGUCCAGUGGCUACAUGGUAACCGGACCUUAAAUUAUGACACCACCAGAGGAGGAAUAAGUGUAAAAACGAAUUUAAUGGAAGAGGGAGCUAACUCUACGCUUAGUAUAGCGAGGGUUGGGCCAGCUGACAGUGGUAAUUACACAUGUGUUCUGACUACUAUGCCGGAUAAACCUGCAACUGUACAUGUACACGUUUUAAAUGGAGAAAGUCUAGCUGAGCUGCAUCAUGGUCGUGCCAGCAGCAUGAAUCAUCCGAAAAUAAAUCCAAGCACAUCAACUACGUUGCUGAUAUUACUUUGGUCUUUUCUAGCAUGGAUUGUACCUAGAUGAAGAAUUGCUAUACUUACAAUAGCAUCACUAAUGUCUGUGUUGGAAACAAGUUAUAUCAUACAGUGCAUAAUAUCAAGUAACUGAAACAAUUGUUACUUAAAAAGACAUUCACAUAUGUACACAUGUGGCGUUUUCGAAACUAUAAAGUAAAUUGUAUGAAGUCCCAAUCAUGCGCUAUAAAAAUUUUUAAAUAUAUUGUAUUCGAUAUCAGAAUUACGUAGGUAUCAAUAAAAUGAGUGUGAAUAUAAGAAGUGACAGUUGAUGUAGGCUUCAAGUAGUAAAGCGAAGUCAUAAAAUGUGGUUGAAUGUGUUGAAUACAUUUUUAGAGAGCGAAUGUUGACAUUUUUGAGAAUAUAGAAAACAAUAUAAUAUUAUUAAGGAGAUGACAGAGUCAGCCCAAAAAUCAAAAAAUCAAACUCAUUUUCAGAAACUUUUACUGGAAUUCUUUUUUUUUUUUUUUUAGACUGCAUGGGGACUUUGAUUUGAU